CAUGUCUCCCUCACUCAGACUCUCACAAGCUCCCAGAGAGAAGGUGAGAGGGAGUGAAGGUGGGGGCACGCGGCCAUCCAGGCGUAGCUCCUUCAGCCUGGUGAGCGGGUGCCCAGGGGUUGCAGCUGGACCUGAAGGGAGCCUGCCCUCCGUCUCCUCCCUCUCGCCUCAGGCCCCGAUUUGCAGUGAUCCUGGAGCGUCAUUCCUGCAGUGUGAGUGAGUGUGUGUCGGUGUCUGGCUGGUUCACCUGGUGCCCCUCUGCGGUGGUGCCCCGGCCAGGCCUGGCCCGGCAGCCAUGGCUGAUGAGAAGACCUUCCGCAUCGGCUUCAUCGUGCUGGGGUUCUUCCUGCUGGCCCUUGGCACGUUCCUCAUGAGCCAUGACCGGCCCCAGGUCUACGGCACCUUCUACGCCAUGGGCAGCAUCAUGGUGAUUGGGGGCGUCAUCUGGAACAUGUGCCAGUGCUACCCCAAGAUCACCUUCAUACCUGCCGACUCUGACUUCCACGGCAUCCUGUCCCCGAAGGCGCUGGGCCUGCUGGAGAACGGGCUCGCCGCUGAGAAGAGCCCCCAGCCCCCUUACGUCAGGCUGUGGGAGGAAGCCGCCUAUGACCAGAGCCUGCCUGACUUCAGCCACAUCCAGAUGAAGGUCAUGGGCUACAGUGAGGACCCCCGCCCGCUACUGGCCCCUGAGCAGGGACAGCCACAGCUGGGAGCCAGUGAUGGAAGAGAAGGUGGCCCUCACAACCCUCAGGCCUGGUUGGAAGCCGCUGUGGUCAUCCACAGGGGCUCGGACCAGGACGGGGCAGAAGGAAACCUGAGACAAGACAGUCCCAGCCCCCCGACCUGUCCCCAGGGCCCUGCACCCCUUGCUUCCUUCCAAGAUGACCUGGAUGUGGGUUCCAGUGAGGGCAGCAGCCCCAACCUGGUUCCACCAGAGGAGGCAGAGCCUCAGCCCCUGCCCCCGGAGCCCGGGACCUGCAGGCGCCAGCUGGACCACUUCCAUGACUUUGCCCUGAUUGAUGCCCCCACAUCGGAGGACGUGCCGCCAGAGAAGCAGCAGCAGGAGGCAGCCGUGCCCAGCUCCUGGCAGCGGUCUCCAAGGACAAAGAAGCAGGAGGAGGAGGCUUCGAACAGAGGUGCCGAGGAGUGGGAGCAGGAAGAGGAAGACUUGUACUAUGGGCUUCCGGACAGCCCCGGGGAUCCCCUCCCAGACAAGGAACUGGGCUUUGAGCCCGACACCCAGGGCUGAGAUGGAAUGCUCCCUGAGUACUAGCCUGGCACCACUGCUAACCCCGUGUAAUCUCACGGGGCCUUGAUUUCCCUAUCUGCAAAAUGGGUUUAGAUGGAGGUUCAUAGGAGACAGCGGACCUGAGAGCAUUUUGAGAACUGCACAGAAAUGCACAGGGAGGGGAUGGUUAUAUCAAUGGGCCAUUGCUGUUCGGAUUUUUUUUUUUUUUUUGUAAAGCUUUGAAGGUAAAAUAGGAUUCAUUGAGAAGAUUUGCAGCAGCCAGGGCCCUCAAGAGCCUUUUCUGCCUUUCUCGAAAGCUGCCCUCUGAACAGGAACCCUCCUUGGUGCUGCCCCCUGGGUCCCUGACUCUCUGUGAAGGCCUCUUAGGGUUCCCAUUCCUGGAGAGUCUUUUAGUCCACCCAGUGGAUGGAAUGAUCCGUCUUCACUCAGCUAGCAUCUCUGGCCCGCAUCCUUCCUGUGGCUCCUGCUGCUCUGGGAUCCCAAACCUUCUAUGACUGACCAUUGCUGACCUCCCAACUUUCUCCCUGGUCAGCCCCACCCAACUCUACCCUGCUGCCCUGCCCUUGCCAAGCUGUCUCCUCCACCAGGAUGCCCUUGGUCCCCUGUCUGCCUGGCAAAUUCAGGCUCAUCCUUCAAACCCCUGCAUAGACAUCCCUCCUCUGAAAGCUUUUCCUGAUGUCACCGCCUCUGGUCCUGGCUCCUGUGUGCCACCUGUGGGUCUGGUCCUGCACGUUUAUUGUGGAGUGUGGUGGUCUGCUCAAGGCCUGCUCCUUUGCUUUGCUCACCCCUGUAUCUCCCGUGCACGGUCAGUGGUCACUGAGGGUGUACAGAAGUGACCAGAACCCAGGAGCCUUUCGCAGAGAAUACCCGCUCCCCUGACUCUCAAACUCCUGACACCUAAUCUGGUUCAGUGGCAUUUACUGAGCAUCUACUGUGCGCCAGACACUAAGCCGGGAACUUUAGGGGAAAGAAAUGUGAACUCAUGACAGUUCUUGCCCUCAAAGGGCUCACAAUCCACUAAGCCUAGUGUCUUGUAAGUUAGGCACAGAGUGCAGAGCAGAAGCCUAGGAGGGGGCAGAGGAGUUAAAAGCUGACACACCAGAGGCAGUGGAGUGACCCCUACACAACUGUCUGGGGCCAUCGAGCACAGGGACGCAUAGCUCUGGCUGCCUGAGCAGCCCCUGAAGGUAUCACCAUGUGGCAGCAUCACAGAGGAACGCUUUUCUCAGGCUGAUCUCUGCACAGCCCCUCUGGGCCCCAGCACAGGCACGGUAGCACUACCUCACCCCAGGUCCCCACACUCAGAGCUUGAACCCUGGGCCCUCUGGAAGGGCUGACCUUCACCUGGGCUGGGCCUCUGGGUCGGGGUUGGAGUUGCAGCCGAAGGAAGGGCAAGCCCCUGGCACCCCCUCCCCCUUCUUUCUGGGUUAUUGCUACCUCCCGUAGGAAAGCCUCUGCUGUAACAGGUGUUCCUGCUCCAGGCCUGAGUCGUGGAGUCAUGGACAGGGUGAGGUGCAGCUUGGUCCUGGGCUCUGCUCCCUCGCACAUGGGAGGGGUGACCUGCAUCAGAACGAGCACCAGUGGGAAAGGCGCAAAUAAAACGUUUUCAAUGUUCA